AUGACAUUGCUCGCCUCGAACUAUGCGAAUGAUCCUAUUGAUGUGUUCGUCGGCGACUGGAUGAGUGAAGCGAAUAUGACAGCGCGCGCCAACGUCAAAUUGAACGGGCAGAUGGAGGCAUACGAGCCAACCUUCCUUGAAGCUCUCGAGCCCGCCUUGUUGCACAUCGCCAAGCACGGCAUCAAGGUCGCUGUCAAUGCGGGCGCUUCAGACACAAAGAAGCUUCAUGAGGUCGUUAAGAAAAUGAUUGCUGGCAAAGGACUGAAGCUUAGCGUUGCAUGGAUCUCUGGCGAUGAGGUCCUACAACAGCUCAUAGACGCACAAAGGAGAGGAGAAUCGCCAUUCGAGAAUCUUUGCACCGAGGAGCGCCUCGAAGACUGGCAGUUCGAGCCAAUAUACGCACAAGCAUACUUAGGCGGGCUGGGCAUUGCGAAAGCCUUUGAGAAGGGUGCAGACAUUGUCUUGUGUGGCCGAGUAUCAGACGCGAGUCCGCUCAUUGGCGCCGCAUACUGGUGGCACAAGUGGCAACGAUCAGAUCUCGACAAACUUGCGAAUGCGUUCGUGGCAGGUCAUCUAUCUGAGUGCUCCUCGUAUAGCACAGGUGGCAACUACACUGGAUUCAAGGAUCUCGAGGGCCUCGGCUGGGAGAACAUUGGCUAUCCCAUCGUCGAGAUCGCACAGUCGGGCGAAGUAAUAGUCACGAAGAAUCAAGGAUCUGCAGGUGAGGUGUCGAUCAACACGCUCACAUCGCAACUCUUGUACGAAAUCCAGGGUCCAUGGUAUUUCAACUCGGAUGUGACAGCCGUGCUGCACGAUAUCUCCUUUGAGUACAUAUCGGAGAACCGCAUCGCUUUGCAUGGUGUCAAGGGUGCGCUACCACCUCCCACGACAAAGGUGGGCAUCACGGCGAAACCCAUCUAUCAAGCUGAAAUGCAUUGGUUCAUGACAGGCCUGGACAUCCCCGCUAAAGCACGCAUGAUGGAGCAGCUCAUUCGCACGCAGAUGGGAAAUCACGCGCAGAAGUUGCUGAAUCUAUCGUUUCAAAUCAUCGGCUCCUGCGCAGAGAAUCCGACAAACCAGAACGCUGCUACGGCUGAUUUCCGUGUAAUCGCACAAGCGCACAGAGCCAAAGACCUUGCCCCCGCAAAGUUCGUGCGACCGUGCAUCGAUCCUAUCAUGUGUGCAUAUCCAGGAGCGACGCCGCAUCUCGACCUACGGCAAGCGUUUCCAAAGGAAGUGUUCGAAUACUACGUCACCCUUCUGCCACAGUCCGUAAUCAAACACGAAGUCCAUCUUGCUUCUGGGGAGGUGAUUGAUAUCCCACCACCUCCAGACAGUAAGACCUGGCCGAAAAGGCAACCCUCACAAGACACCACCACGACAGCAGCAGAUCUAAGCGGCUUCGGCACCACCAUUCGAGCACCUCUGGGGACCAUCGUACACGCACGUUCAGGCGAUAAAGGCUCAGAUUGUAAUGUAGGCUUUUGGGUCCGCCAUCGGGACGAAUACGCGUGGCUGCAGAAUCUGCUGUCCACGGUGUUCAUGAAGGAGCUGCUAGCAGAGGAAUAUAACGGCAAGAGCAUUGAAAGAUGCGAAUUUCCAGGACUCAAAGCAAUCCAUUUCCUACUGCGGGAUCACUUGGAUCGAGGAGUAAGUUGUACGACUAGUGUAGACUUCCUGGGGAAGAACUGCGCGGAGUUUUUGAGAGCAAGGGUUGUGGAUAUCCCUGCAAAGUUCUUGGCAAGGGGACAUAUCUAA